GGAGUUUCCAGGCUACCUGUCAGAUGGUCAGUGGCAGAUGAGAGCCCAGCUCAGUUGACACGAAUGAAAUGUUGGAAGUGCUUGACUUUGGGAUUUUCAUGAAGCCAGAGGAAGCAAAAGCCGGUGAGGAAGUGAAGAAUGCCUGUUACCUCCAGAGACUGUUGAAGCAUUUCCUGUAGCUGGAAGACAGCAGCCCUCCAACAGGAGCAUUAUUUCAUUAUUUCAUUUCAGUUUACAGAGGAUUUACUUCUCAGAAGUUGGGCAAGCUCCACCUCCACCAGUACACGGAUGGUAGACCACCGAGCCCUGACCAAGGGGAAGUUUCAAAAACAACUCUCCUUCAACAAGUUCUGUUUCCAAGGAAAGUCUUAACCAUUUGUCCCUUCUGGCGUACCCUCUUCCAUUGAAAUCCAUGCAGAAUAGACCAGAGAUGGGCAGCAGUGAACCCUUUCCCAUUGCAGAGGGUGACAAGAGGAAAAAGAAGAAGCGGAAGGCCCGGGCCACUGACUCCUUACCAGGGAAGUUUGAAGAUACGUACAAGCUGACCUCUGAAUUGCUCGGAGAAGGAGCCUAUGCCAAAGUUCAAGGUGCUGUGAGCCUGCAGAAUGGCAAAGAGUAUGCGGUCAAAAUCAUCGAAAAACAAGCAGGGCACAGCCGGAGUCGGGUAUUUCGAGAGGUAGAGACGCUCUAUCAGUGUCAAGGAAACAAGAACAUUUUGGAGCUGAUUGAGUUCUUUGAAGAUGACACAAGGUUUUACUUGGUCUUUGAGAAAUUGCAAGGAGGCUCCAUCCUGGCCCAUAUCCAGAAGCAGAAGCACUUCAAUGAGCGAGAAGCCAGCCGAGUGGUGCGGGAUGUGGCCGCUGCCCUUGACUUCCUGCACACCAAAGGCAUCGCUCACCGCGAUCUGAAGCCAGAAAAUAUAUUGUGUGAGUCUCCAGAAAAGGUGUCUCCAGUGAAAAUCUGUGACUUUGACUUGGGCAGCGGGGUGAAAUUGAACAACUCCUGUACCCCCAUAACCACACCAGAGCUGACCACUCCAUGUGGUUCUGCAGAGUACAUGGCCCCGGAGGUGGUGGAGGUCUUCAGGGAUGAGGCCACUUUUUACGACAAGCGCUGUGACCUGUGGAGCCUGGGCGUGGUCCUCUACAUCAUGCUGAGCGGCUACCCGCCCUUCGUAGGUCACUGUGGGACCGAUUGUGGCUGGGACCGGGGAGAGGUCUGCAGGGUGUGCCAGAACAAGCUGUUUGAGAGCAUCCAGGAAGGCAAGUAUGAGUUUCCUGACAAGGACUGGGCACACAUCUCCAGCGAGGCCAAAGACCUCAUCUCUAAGCUCCUGGUUCGAGAUGCAAAGCAGAGACUGAGUGCUGCCCAAGUUCUGCAGCACCCUUGGGUGCAGGGGCAAGCUCCAGAAAGGGGACUCCCCACGCCGCAAGUCCUCCAGAGAGUCCUCAAGGAAAAAGCUCCAUCCAAAGGGGUUGUCUUUGAAAAGGAAAGCAAUCACUUGUCACUUUGCAUAAUCGCCCGCGGCAGGGACAUCUCUCCGCUGGGCUCCUGCCCACCUGCUCACCCGCCUGCAGAUCCAGGAUCCUGCCUGCUCUCCCGGGCCGCGGCCAGUGGCGGCAGCGGCUGGGGCUGUGGCCCUCGGGGAGCCAGCCUUUGAAAAGUGGAGGUUGACAGAGGCUCGUUCCUCUCUCUGCACUGUCACCCCCCCACACCCCACCCCUUCCUCUGUCCUCCGGAUGUCCUCCCCUGGGCUGAGCAAAGCCAUCCACUCAAUUCCGGAAAGGGCAGGGAGCCUUCUGCAUUCAGAAGGCCAGAUCAGUCUUCCAGUCUGCAGCGCAGGAGAAGCGCGGAAUCUUUGCCGGGACCGAAAAGUGUCCCCUCAUUCAUCAUCCUCUUCCUUGUUGGGAUUGCUGCUGAAGUCCGUAUUAAUUCGUUUUAAAAAAAAAAAAAAAAUGUUUGUUUUUUUAACCAUGCACUUCCAGCAACUAUGGGACUUCACACUCCCACUGCAAGCUGGUGGAUUUUCCAGAACAUGUCAUGGCUUGCUCUUCCUUGAAUGACCAUGCAUGUGAAAGGUUUUAUUCCAUUGUUUCCUAUUAUUCUAACUGGUUUUAAGCUGUUAAGGUGACUAGUGACUCAGAGGCUGUGUCUGCUGGAGGGCAGCACCAGUCCAGGGCAAUUAGAAGGGGCUCCGUGCCUGAUGGGGGCCCAGACCGCGGGCAGCCCUGGGUCCGAGCCAAGAGCUGCCUGGAGCCAGAGAGCCUGAAGGCGCAUCUGGCCUCCAGGAAGCUGAGUGCCCAGCUGCCUAGAGAACAUGGGUCUGUACAAGUCAGACGGACACUUACACAACACGACAGUGCUAUUACACGAUGUGCUUGUUUUAAUAAAACUGUUUUAAAUUCUA